AUGAUGUCCUCGAACAUACUCUCGCGAUUCUUACCCCCAACGGACUCUCAGUCUGUCUACGAAGCCAUCCGGCAGAACGAUGCGGACUCCGAAACCUCCGAUACCGAAGAACGUGCGAAUCUAAUACCCGGAAAUGGCAUACAGGAAGGGUUCAGUGAUCGCGAGCUGGAUGAUGCGGCCGAUACUGGGACCAACGAGUUGUCAAGCUACCGGGAGGGCCCAACAGGUCGUCGUCGUAAAACGUCAAGAGCACGAUGGAUGACUCGAGAGUCACUGGCAGGUUAUGAGCUGGAUGACCGAGAUGGGGAUGUGCCACUGUCGCUUUUGGUGGAAGGGAAUGACGAUGAAGAACUCAAGGCCCGCUUGCCUCCUCCACCGCAUAGCAUGCCCGGUCGAUCAUUCACCUCCAGCCCUCCACACACGCCCGAGGUUACUCAACGCCCUGGCGAAGGAGGGUUCCCUCGCCAGACGACGGAAACUAUCGCCGAUAACCAACACAUCCUGGGACGCUGGCUCCCCUUCCAACAACACACUAUCCUCACUAACACCGACCCCAAGAAGAAAGCGAUGUGGCGUUGGGCGAACGUUCAGGACCUGGACAAUUUUCUCCGGGACGUUUACAUCUAUUUCUUGGGAAAUGGCUUCUGGUCCAUCUUGCUCAGCCGACUGUUGAACCUAUUCACGUUCGCCUUUAUCGUGGGGUUCUCCACGUUCCUCACCAACUGCAUUGAUUAUAGCCAAGUCCCCGGCAGCAAGACUUUGAAUGAGAUUCUCAUCCCCCAGUGCACGUCUAAAAUGUCCGGAGGAUCCACUUUUUUGCUCUGGUUACUCAGCUUCUUCUGGAUUGGAAAGCUCCUCCAGUAUCUGCUCGACAUUCGUAGACUCUCCCAGAUGCACGACUUCUAUUUCUACUUACUCGGAGUCGCCGAUGCUGAAGUUCAGACGAUCUCGUGGCAGGAAGUUGUCAGUCGUUUGAUGACGCUCCGUGAUGACAACCCGGCUACCGCAGCCGCGAUCUCUACUAGGCACCGGAAGUUCAUGGGCAGCCAGUCCAAGCAACGAAUGGAUGCUCACGAUAUCGCCAAUCGGUUGAUGCGGAGAGAGAAUUACAUGAUCGCCUUGGUCAAUAAGGACAUUCUGGACUUGACUUUGCCGAUCCCUUUCCUUCAAAACCGGCAGCUGUUCUCACGUACCCUCGAAUGGAAUUUGAACCUCUGCAUCAUGGAUUACGUCUUCAACGAACAAGGACAGCUGCGUUCCUUGUUUCUCAAGUCAAACAACCGACGAGCUCUGAGUGAUGGUCUUCGUCGACGUUUCAUAUUCGCUGGAGUAAUGAAUAUUUUCGUCGCCCCUUUCCUAGUGGUCUACUUCAUGAUUCAUUAUUUCUUUACCUACUUCAACGAGUUCAAAAAAAACCCGUCCCAGAUUGGGUCCCGCCAGUACACCCCGCUGGCCGAGUGGAAAUUCCGCGAGUUCAACGAACUUUGGCAUUUGUUCGAACGUCGAGCCAACAUGUCCUAUCCUUUUGCCAGUCGGUACAUUGACCAAUUCCCAAAGGACAAGACUGCUCAGGUUGGCCGCUUUGUUGCCUUUGUGUCUGGAGCUUUGGCAUCCGUCCUUGCUCUUGUCUCGGUGAUUGAUCCCGAACUAUUCUUGGGCUUUGAGAUCACGCAUGACCGUACGGUCCUGUUCUACCUAGGAGUGUUUGGUACUAUCUGGGCAUUUGCUCGCGGCUUGGCUCCAGAGGAGACCGAAGUGUUUGAUCCCGAGUAUGCUCUCCGAGAGCUGAUCGACUUCACACAUUAUUGCCCUUCAACCUGGAAUGGACGCCUCCACAGCGACGACGUACGCAAGGAAUUUGCAGUACUAUACCAGAUGAAGAUCGUCAUUUUCUUGGAGGAGAUCUUGAGCAUGAUCUUUACACCUUUUGUAUUGUGGUUUAGUCUUCCCAAGUGCAGCGAUCGGCUGAUUGAUUUCUUCCGCGAAUUCACGGUCCACGUUGAUGGGAUGGGCUACCUCUGCUCAUUUGCAGUAUUUGAUUUUAAGAAAGGUGCAAACGACAUGUCUCGAGGCCGGCGCCGCAAUUCAAUCACGGGAAAGCCAGACCCACGAUCCGACUACUUCUCUACCAAAGAUGGAAAGAUGCUUGCGUCCUACUACGGUUUCCUGGAUAAUUACGGCCACGGCAAUGGCAACCAGCCCAAUUCUCGUCGCCAUUUCCACCCUCCCCCAGGCCUGCCCACCCUACAAACUAAUUCCACGGCUGAUCUGAUCGGUUACCCAGACCGAUACGACCUGCACAGUCGCCCUGGAGCAGCCGGAGCAUACGGUUUACAAUCCAUGCUCGGCGGCUCCCGUUUCCGACCCAUGAUCCCAGGCGAUCAACGCUCCCCUGGUCCAUCCAUGCUAUUAGACCCGCAUCAUCAGCCCUCCGCCUCCGGAUUUCGCGUCACACGCGGUACCAACUACCAACGUUCUCGUCUAGCACGUCCAACAAAAGAUUCCGUCGUAGACGAAGAACAGUCCCAGGAUAUCCGCGAUUCAUCUGCCGGUCAGCCCGCCACCGUCGGAGCUUCCAGCGGCGGGGUAACGGACAGCAAUCUCGGUGACUCGUGGCGCAUGAACACGACUCCGAACGUCAAUGCUAAUGCCGACGCCGAUGACGACAAUGAGAACAUCGAUGAGAUUGCUGGCGGCGCGGGUGUUCUGGGCUUGCUUCAGCAGUUCCAGAAAGCCAACACUGACGGCCGACGUACCAAUGUUGGAAUCUAG